AGAGAGCGUCAAAGCAUGUGGAGCAGUUUGCCAGGCGAUGGGGGAAGAGGCAGUUUAACUCUAGUGAAGAGGAGAGAGCAGAGAUGUGGUGGUAGAAACGGUAACAGCCAGUGUUGUUCUGAGCGUUUGCCAUCUGACUUACAGCAUCCCCGGGGACAGCAGCAGCAACAGUUCUCAUCCCUGGAUGACAAGCCCCAGUUCCCAGGUGCCUCAGCAGAGUUUAUAGACAAGCUAGAAUUCAUCCAGCCCAACGCCAUCUCUGGAAUCCCUAUCUACCGCGUCAUGGAUCGGCAGGGCCAGAUCAUCAACCCCAGCGAGGAUCCCCAGCUGCCCAAGGAGAAGGUGCUGAAGUUGUACAAGAGCAUGACUCUGCUCAACACCAUGGACCGGAUCCUCUAUGAGUCCCAGCGGCAGGGCCGGAUCUCCUUCUACAUGACCAACUACGGCGAGGAGGGGACGCAUGUGGGGAGCGCGGCCGCCCUGGACAACACGGACCUGGUGUUCGGCCAGUACCGGGAGGCAGGUGUGCUGAUGUACCGGGACUACCCCCUGGAGCUGUUCAUGUCGCAGUGCUACGGCAACGUGAAUGACCCGGGCAAGGGGCGCCAGAUGCCUGUCCACUACGGCUGCAGGGAGCGCCACUUCGUUACCAUCUCCUCUCCACUGGCCACGCAGAUCCCUCAGGCGGUGGGGGCAGCCUACGCAGCCAAGCGGGCCGAUGCCAACAGAGUCGUCAUCUGCUACUUUGGUGAGGGGGCAGCCAGCGAAGGGGAUGCCCACGCCGGCUUCAACUUCGCCGCCACUCUCGAGUGCCCCAUCAUCUUCUUCUGCCGUAACAAUGGCUAUGCCAUCUCCACGCCCACCUCCGAGCAGUACCGCGGGGAUGGCAUAGCAGCUCGAGGUCCUGGGUAUGGCAUUGUGUCGAUCCGCGUGGACGGCAACGACGUGUUUGCUGUGUACAAUGCCACGAGGGAGGCCCGGCGGCGGGCCGUGGCAGAGAACCAGCCCUUCCUCAUUGAGGCCAUGACCUACAGGAUCGGGCACCACAGCACCAGUGAUGACAGCUCAGCCUACCGCUCGGUGGAUGAGGUCAAUUACUGGGACAAGCAAGACCACCCCAUCUCCCGGCUGAGGCACUACCUGCUGAGCCGUGGCUGGUGGGACGAGGAGCAGGAGAAGGCCUGGAGGAAGCAGUCCCGCAAGAAGGUGAUGGAGGCCUUUGAGCAGGCUGAGCGGAAGCCAAAGCCCCGCCUCAGCCUGCUCUUCUCGGAUGUGUACCAGGAGAUGCCUGCCAUGCUGCGCAAGCAGCAGGAGGCCCUGGCCCGGCACCUGCAGGCCUACGGGGAGCACUACCCCCUGGAGCACUUUGAGAAGUGAGGCCCAGACCCGCCGUCUCCCCUCCUCCCAUCCUCCCCAGAGGUGGCCCCUCCGCGGGGGAGAGGAAAAGCUGGCAGGGCACCACCCCUCCCCCCAGCCAGCUCCUUCCAGAAUACUCCAGGGGCCGGGGCAGUGGUGGAGACGGGGGCAGGACAGCUCCUGCCCCUCACCUGUUCUGUUGGUGGGAAGCGAGGCGGGGACAGUGUUUGUAGUGGUCACCCCACCGCCCCUCUUGCCUGCUGUUAUGGUGCCUUCUCUUGCACGCUGGGGGAGGCACCUCUGGCUGGGUGUGGUACGGCACAUUGGCCCGUGGGACUUACACAGGGUGAGCAGUGGUCAGCAAAGUUAGUGAAUAAACUGUUUCUCUGCCUUA